AUGCAGAACGGUGACCAUGUUCGCAAUGAUAACAGUCACUCCUUCUCGCAUCCUGGCCUCAUUCUCCCAACUCAAUCUGUUCAGAAUCAGAUCCAUGAGAAGCAAAACACCGCGUGUGAUGCCUGCAGGUCCCGAAAGGUCAAAUGCAAUAGACUUCCUGGCGAAGAAAAGCACUGCUUGUCUAAGAACUAUCCUUGCACCCAUUUCGUCCAACAAGCGACCAGCGAAAAGAAGCGUAACGCUGCCGCUCGGAGGCCGAGAAAUAUAUCAACAAGCUCAAGGUUAGCUUUGGGCACUCCUAUCUCCUCAUCGCCCAUCGCUGAACAUAACACUCCCCCCUGGCUUAAAGCCACAUUUGGUCCAUGGAAUUCAGGGCGCCUACAAACUUAUGGUGGUGUCAACAUGCAAUCUACAACUCCAACGCUUCUUCAUCACCUGUUUGCUGCGCCGGAAAGCGACUCCACAUUCACGUUCAAAUCACGAUCACCAAGCUACGCCACAUGGGGAGACAUGGCAUCCAAACUUGAAGAUGAAGCCUUCCGAGCAGAGUUCGCCCUUGACCUCGUUGAAGUUUAUUUCCAGAUAGUCCAUACUCGUCUUCCUCUUCUCAACCCCUUGCAGUUUCGCGCGCGGUUAAAUCUCCAGGCGACUCAACAAAGACCAGUAAUUGCAAAGCAGGACGAGCCAUUACACCCAGCUCUUAUCGCAACUGUGCUUGCCUGGGGUGCAAAAUUCUCCGAACAUCCCCUUCUGGUGGCAGAUCGCGAAAGAAAUGGUGGACAAAGCCUGCUCGCUAAAGCGCUCAUCAACCGCACCCGAGAGCUGGCCGAGUCAUUAAAAGUGCACCGCAUACCGAACCCACAUCAUGUCGUCAUCUCGUUGCUCAUCGAACCUCUGCAAUGUCGCUUCCACGGGUUCUGGCUCACCAGCGGGAUACGUAACUUACUCGGACUACAGAUCAAUCACAAAUCCGUGAUGGGGCUUAUCAAAGAUCCCGAGGCGCGCGGUACUAUGAUUUUCGCUUGGUGGAUGGCUUGUCUGUCGGAUGCAUUCUCCUCAUUUUAUUACCGCCGGAAGCCCAUGCUUGAUGACGACGACUAUGACAUCGACUUCUACACCGCUGAUCAGAAUACCCAGGAGACCACCGACCCCACGGCUCCAUCCCCUAGAGAACAACUUGAGGGGUACUACCGAGCUGCACACGCCCUCGCUCGGAUAUCCCGAACAAUUGCUCGCCAACUCUGGAGGCCAUCUACAGAUCAAGAUGGCAUUCCCCUUGAUUCCGUCCUGUCCUACAUCUCGGAUCUAAGCAAAUGGAGAGAUGCUCAUUUAUCUAAGGUCGGUGUGCCACCUAACUUGGAGGCUAAUUGGGAUUUCGUAUCUGCGGUCUCUGCAUGCGCAAGCGAUGCUCAGUAUCACGUCACCUGGGUAGCCCUUUUCUUUGCGAUGGACGAGUUUGGUAUCCGCGACGACGCCUUCACGCCAAGUAAUAUCAAUCAGGUGGAGACUGCAAAACGUAAAGUCAUGGAAGAAGCUCUGCAAGCUUCUUUGCGCAUCGCGGCGCUCAAACUGGAUCCUGCGGUCAUGCAUGUCAGUUGUAUCAACGCAGGAAAUUUACUUGCUCGGCUGGGUCGUCCCGAAGUAUUUCAGUGCAUCAAGGCGUUGGAACAAUACAGCUAUGCUUAUGAAGAGACGAAGGAACAUGCACAGGAGAUCAGCCGCGAGUAUGAAAUUGCGGUACUAAAGGGUCCGAAUAAUUUCCAAGAAAUGGCUAGCGCUAUCAACCCAUCUUCUCGUGCCUUCCAUGCAGAUACCAUGAGCGUCGAUGCACUGACCAACGGCAACGGCAAGCACCAUGGAAAUACGUACAUGUCGAUUUAA